ACCUUGCAAAAGUCUAACGCGAAAAUCCACGCUACAUUGUUUUGCUAAAAAUAAUAGUGUAUUUAUAAUAAAAUAAUAAUUGUAAAUAUGCAUACAAGUUGUUAAAUAAGAUGGUUUAGUAUUAGACAUCAAGAGGCGAGAUUGGAAAUAAAAAAGCCAGCAAAGGUAACUAAAGCUACGUUCAAGCAACAUAAAUCAGGGCAAUGGACUUGUCGCAGCCACCGCCACAGUUGCUGACGGCGCCGUCAGCGCUAGCGACAAACUUCACAUCGAUGCCUCCACCCAAUAUGGGCGGCCAACACUACAGGCACUACUCGCAUCAUGGAGCAAACAAGCAGGGGUACAACCACUUCAAACCCUUUAUGCCCGGUGGUUUUCAACGACCAUUUGGAAUGUCCCAGGAUGACUUUGAUGGUAAACGUCUGCGCAAGAGUGUUAUGCGAAAGACUGUGGACUAUAAUGCGUCCAUUAUAAAGGCAUUGGAGACACGCCUCUGGCAGCGCGAUCACCGAGACCGUUUGGCUCUGCAACCGGAUAGCAUAUAUGUGCCACAAAUGCUGCCGCCUUCGAGUUACCUUGAUAAUCCAGCAAAUGCUAUAACAACGCGUUUUGUCAAAACAGCCACAAAUAAAAUGCGCUGUCCAAUCUUUACGCUCGCCUGGACGCCCGAAGGCAGACGAUUGGUUACCGGUGCCAGUUCCGGCGAAUUUACACUCUGGAAUGGACUGACGUUUAACUUCGAAACCAUUCUACAGGCACACGAUAUAUCAGUACGGACGAUGGUGUGGUCACAUAACGACAGCUGGAUGGUGACUGGUGACCAUGGCGGAUAUGUUAAGUACUGGCAAUCGAACAUGAACAACGUGAAGAUGUAUCAGGCGCACAAGGAGGCGAUUAGGGGAAUAAGUUUCAGUCCGACGGACAGCAAAUUUGUCAGCGGCAGUGAUGACGGCACGUUACGCAUUUGGGACUUUAUGCGCUGUCAGGAGGAACGAGUGCUACGUGGACACGGCGCGGACGUUAAAUGCGUGCACUGGCAUCCACAGAAAGCCAUGAUCGUGAGUGGCAGCAAGGAUAAUCAGCAACCCAUUAAAAUUUGGGAUCCAAAGAGUGGCAUUGCGUUAGCCACACUUCAUGCUCACAAGUCCACUGUAAUGGAUCUCAAGUGGAACGACAAUGGCAAUUGGCUAGUAACGGCUUCACGUGAUCAUUUACUCAAGCUCUUUGACAUACGUAAUCUGCGCGAGGAGGUGCAAGUGUUCCGUGGUCACAAAAAAGAAGCCAGCUCCGUAUCGUGGCAUCCCAUACACGAGGGUCUAUUCUGCUCUGGUGGCUCCGAUGGUUCAAUUCUUUUCUGGAACGUAGGUACGGAUAAGGAAAUUGGCUGCGUGGAGACGGCACAUGAUAGCAUAGUAUGGACACUUGCCUGGCAUCCACUGGGCCAUAUUUUGUGCUCUGGAUCCAACGAUCACACUAUCAAGUUCUGGACGCGUAACCGACCAGGAGAUCUUAUGCGAGACAAAUACAAUCUUAAUACACUUCCUGCUAGUUUGGCCGCCUUAGAUGAGUGUGAAUACGAUGACGCCAUCAUACCUGGCAUGGGUCCGGAAGACAAAGUUGAGUUCACGGAGAGUCUUACGGCCGACAAGGGCUUUAUUCCGGGCUUGGAUUUGGAUGCGGGCAGCAAAGCAGCGCUCGACCGAGACCGCGAGAAGAAGGUGCCUUAUAGCAAACCUAUACCUCGAAACUUUCAAGUACAAUGGGCGGGACCACGUCGCGCCGAUGAUCCCAGCGUGCUUAGCAUACACGAUGAGCUUGCAGCGCGUGAGUCUAAGGAUUCCAGCAAUGGACUUUCGCAUCAGCAGAUCAGCGAAAACACACUUGAAGGCAUAUUGGCUAGCGGCAUGCUGAACGGCCUUGAUCCACAGACUAUAGUCGGCAUCUUUGUCUACGGCCGUUUUAUUCGCGUGCAUCCAGACUCGCGUCUAAUGGCCGCCUUACGCCAGGGUGCUGAGUAUCUGAACAAGUACAUUGAUGCGGGCAAGUUGGAGGAGCUGCGCGACGUGGUGCCGCUAAGCGAACGUGAGCGUUCCCGGUCUGUUUCGCCAACGCUGGAUCCACAAGUGACGCAAGGUCGAGGCGAGGUGUCACCGCCACCCAAAAAAUCUCGCUUUGAGCCGCGCCAGCACAACGCACAGCUGGUGUGUGUGCGUGAGCUGCUACUGCUAAAGAAACCUUUCCUCCCGUCCCUGCUAACAGUUAAGAGCCAGCAGCCCAAAACAGAAUUCAUUGAUGAACCGUCGAACUAUGGCAGCGGCUCGCCCAUGGACCAAUCGCAACGCGAGGACAUGAAUAGGCCCAACCCAUGGGCAAAUAAUGGGCCGUGGACAAACUAUGGCAAUGGAAACGGCAAUAAUUCUGGCGGCUCCAACAUGCAAAAUGGCUAUGGCAACAAUAGUGGCGACAAUUUCAAUGACCGUGAUCGUGAUCAGUUUCAAAAAGGCGGCAACAACAAUCACAGUGGGCAGCAGCGUCGGAGGCGCGGCAAUAAUAACGGCGGUGGUGGAGGAGGAGGCGGUGGUGGUGGCCGCAAUCGUGGCCGCUCUAAUAAUAAUAGACGCUUCUAGUGGUACCCACCACCACCACCAACAACAACAACAACAACAGAAGAAACAGAAACACAUUCUCAAAGUUCGUUUUGUAAACACACAUGCAUACAUACAACAACAAAGAAGAGACAAAUAUCUGCUAGGCAAAGCAAUGUGAACUUUAUUUUAUGCUUAAGAACGAUUUAUAUUAUUACAUGCACGUACAUAUUUUCCAUAUGUUGUAAUAUCCAUAGACAA